CUCCUUCUGGUCUCCUGUCGGUCUGCGUCGAUGCGUGCUCUGGCGCGGCUCGGUCUCUUCGGUUCAAUCGCUCGACGUCCUAGCCCCGCACUUGCACUCUUUUGCCGCAACAUGACCACCGGACUCCCGCCAUCCCCCAUCCCGCUCUUUCCGACAGUCGCCUCGUAUAGGGUGUGGAGGAGGAAGGCGUUUGAUGAGAAGAAGAGUGUCGGAUUCGUCGCGACGAUGGGCGCGUUGCAUGAGGGGCAUCUGUCUCUCGUACGUCGCUCUCUCGCAGAGAACGACCUGACAGUCAUGUCCAUAUUUGUGAACCCAGCCCAGUUCGCGCCCCAUGAAGACCUCGCGACGUACCCCCGUACCCUCCCUCGAGACCUGGAACUGCUCACCGCGAUCUCCGUGGAUACGCCCUCCGGGCCGCGCUCCGCGUCCGCCGUCUUUGUGCCGACGGUGAGCGAGAUGUACCCCAGCGGCAUCACCCAGAGCGUAGCGGAGCAGAAGGGCACGUUCGUCGAGGUCAAAGGCUACGGGCACCAGAUGGAAGGCAGGACGCGCCCCAACUUCUUCCGCGGCGUCGCGACCGUCGUCACCAAGCUCUUCAACGUCAUCGAGCCGACGCGUACGUACUUUGGGCAGAAGGACAUCCAGCAGGCCCUUCUGCUUCGCCGGCUCACGCGCGACCUUCUGCUCUCACACCCGGAGCCGCAGAACCUCUUCAUCGUGCCGACAGCCCGCGACCCAAGCACCUCCCUGGCGCUCUCGUCGCGGAACGCCUACCUGUCCCCUCACGAGCGCGAACAUGCGGCGCCUGCGCUGUACGCCGCACUGCAGGCUGCACAGUCUGGGUGGGAGGCGAAUGCGUCGAAGGCGGACUGCGUCGCGCGUGCGGUGGCUGUGAUCGAGGAGACGCAACGCAAGCUUGGGGACUCGGCGGACAUACGCCUGGACUACGUCGACAUGAACGACCCGGAGUCGUUCGAUGUGCUCCCGGAUGGCACGUCUCGGGCUGAUUGGGAGGCAGACGUUGGCGGACGGCCUGUGAUUCUGAGUGGGGCAAUAUGGGUAGGGAAGACGAGGCUCAUCGACAAUAUUGUCCUAAGUAGGAGCGCAGCGUUUACUAAGCCUUGUUGAAUAAUAGUCAUAAUCUCAGGACGGUCUGCAAGUGCAGGGUGCGUGUACAUGGGGUCUAACGCGAUGAUUCAUUCUGCCUACCGUGAAGACUAUGUCGGGAGAUGCACGGACACCUUGACCAUGGCACGCCACGGCUACAUACUGUGAGUUAAAACCUUCAUGGUAGCGUUCAUGAUAGGACCCGUUCUGGCUGUUUUGGAUUCAAAAAUCACAUUUUCGAACUGC